CGGUGCCUCCUUCGGUGCCACUUAGGAAGGACUUCUAUUUAAGCGAGAGUGAAUUUGCAACUGAAGGUGCGCUUUGGAGUCAUUAUUUGCCUUCUUGUUCUCCCCCCCCAAAAGAGGGCCUCGUUCUUCUUUCCUACUUAAGAUGGAGUCGCGCCCUCCGUUCAAAUACAGAAAAUGCUUUGCUGCUAGGAAGAAUGAAGUGGCUUCUAUUCGGAUGAAGUUCCCUAACAAACUACCAGUGAUCCUGGAACGCUAUCCCAAGGAGAAAAUACUGCCUGUCUUGAACAAGGUCAAAUUUCUUGUUCCAGAAGAGCUCACUAUGGGUCAGUUUGUCUCAAUUAUCCGAAACAGAAUGUCCAUCGGCUCGACACAAGCUUUCUACUUCCUGGCUGAUAAUAACCGCAGUAUGGUUAACAUGUCGUCCAGCAUGGCUGAAGUUUAUUCGACUUACAAAGAUGAAGAUGGCUUCCUGUACAUGACCUACGCCUCGCAGGAGAUGUUUGGCUGACAGCACAGAAUUGUUUGGAGGAUAUGAUUUGGUUAGAAACCUCUGGUUCUGCCUCUCUGAAUACGCCACCCACCUUCUCUGAAAAACUGGAUAGCAUUCCUCUUGGAGUGCCUGACUGGAUCUACUCUCCUCUGCUGUGUCACGUGUAAACCUGUGUUUUUUCCCAGGAAGGAAGGCCUGUCUCAACAACAGCCAGAGUAGAUAUUUUGGGUUGCCUCUUGGUGAUGGGUAUUAGAGAGAGGAUGCCAUGUUCUGUAAGGAUCGCAGCAUUUCUGUUCAAAGCCCUUUCUAGGCUGAAGUCUCCCUGUGCCGAUUUGGGUCUGGAUACAUCAAGGGGUCACUUGGACACUAUUGAUUCGGUGACAUAGCUAUGGUCCUCUCAAGUAGCAUGAAUUGAGCUGGACUGUGAUGUCUUUUCACCGACUCAGCCAUAAGCAGGUUCUAGGGGAGGCAGUUGGCUUAUGAGAGGUGGUUCUCGCUAACUGGAGAAAGAGCCUUUUGUGUACAGCGUCAAAGCUGUUUUCGAGAACCCACCUCGUCUUUGGGGUACGUGGUGGCAGCUUCUUGCAAGCUGCUGCUGUUCUCUUGUCUGGGUGCUUGCUUUCCUUUUAAAGAUGCAAGUCCUGCAUGAAGGUGGUUGUGGGGGGGCAGAUUCUUCACUGCAAACUGAGACCUGGAAUUUAGAGAGCCUCAUCACUUAAGAGGGAAUGAAUGGGCUGGUCACAAGCAAGGGUAGAGUGCGUGUCUGUACAUUUUCUAUAAUAUUGGAAAGACUCACUUUGUCAACAACUUUUUAAAAACCAUUGUACCUUGGCCACUUUCAAGUAGAAAAUGCACAUUUUAAAGCGGCUGUUUUGCUUGCACUGCAGAAUCUUUUUUCCUGACCCUGCCUUUGUGGACACCUUCCCGCUUUUCCUAGGGUUUCUUAAACAGCGUUACUGGCAGCAGUGUCUCCUGCUCAGAGGCUGAGCUUGAGGGAGCAUAGUUGGGGUGGGGGUGCGUUUGCUCACAAGCCCUGUGCCUUGUCAAGAUCUUCAGAUAAGCUUUACAGAACCUCAGCUGCUGGUUUAAGGUCAGAGCUCUUGGCAAGAUUUUAACUACCUUUUAGAAUUGUACUCCUUUUUGGUGAGAUUUAAUGUAUUUGGAAAUACCUGGUAUAAAACAGCACACUUGCUGUUUAGUGUGGCAACUGGAGUGACGCAAAAGACCGCUGUGAUUUCUGGCUUGCCUGGCCAGUUCCUGGAAGUUAAAAGGACACUUCUCCUUCUAGACAAAACUGCAGCUGUCUGCAAUAGAAGGACAGGCCUCUGCUGCCAAUGGGGUGGAGAGAAGGGGGCUAAAGACCAAGAAAAGCCAAGGCAGAUCCCUCUGGUUGAUGGGGGAUGGGAAUUGCCUCAUCUUGGUGAUCUUAUGUAGUGAGCGCCUGGGCAUUUUGCAGUCAAAUAUAAUGUUGGGAGUUCUUGCUGCAGCUCCCAAGUGUUUUUUCUUUGCAAUUAGUAGCCAGUCAGUUUGGAUUGAGACCGUGGUAUUGAAGCGUGGAUGAUGAUAGGGAAUCCGGCCUUUCCCCUUGUGCUGCGUUUGGCCCUGCUAUAUACUCUUCUGAGGUAAAGUUAAUGCAUGCUAUAAUGCUGUGUUUCUUCAGCUGGGCAAAGGGUAGCUCUGAGGGGAUGUUUUGGUUGAGGAAAACAGCAAGGUGGUAUGGGAGGAGUAAAAGUUUUAAUUGCCCCCCUCCCCAGUUUCUGUUGCUGCUCUCAGAGGGUUUGAACCAGAACUUUGCCCCUUCAGCACAAGCAAUGUUUUAAGAGAAGAUGAUUGUCGAGUUGUUCCCUCACAAGGGAAAGCAAAAAGUUUCUAGGGAACUUGCCUGUGUUCUAGGGAACACAGGCUGUGUUUAGGAUCCUCUUAACUUCUUGGGAAGCCUAAACUGGCAGAAAGCUUGGUUGCCCUGGAGUUUCAUCUGGUUGAAAUGCAUCAUGGGUAAUACACAACUUAUCUCUGACAGAUAAGGAUAAAGAAGAGCAGUUUUUGCAAACUGGUAGCUAGCUUUUCCCCCUUUUCAGUGUGAGGAGAGGGAGGUGAUAAACCAGGAAUGUAAGAAGACAAGGUAGUCUUGAAGGCCUUGGAGUGAGGAC